AUGGCUUCACCUUGCGCCUCAGCGUUGUCAAUUGCCAGUUAUCUUCCCACCGCGACUAGAAGUCUGUACCAACACAAAGAGUCUGCAACCAGCUUUCCAGACAACGAUCCAGACAGCGAUCCGGACUCAGACGGCAACCUUUUUGACAAACUGCAAGUUGGAGCGAAGGCGGCUGUUGCUAUCGGAAUUUUAUUUGGAAUUGUCUUCAUUGUUGCUUUUUCAAUGUGGUAUUGUUGCGGCUGUUGCGGGAUUCGAAACCAACGUAGGGGAAUGGUUCCAGAUGGGCAAAGGAGAAUACCCUCGAACGAUAUAUCCGCACAACCGACGGGAACUGUACUGCCAUUGCACGAAAUUCGAAGCCGGAGCCCACAGGCUAUGAGCCCACCGCCAGACCCUUCCCCUCCAUCGUAUGACGAAGUUGUGUCUCCUCGAAAUCGAGCACCGCCUGGAGGGAUGUUUCUGAGCCGACCAGUGGAUGAGGAUGGAAUGAUUCCUGACGGAAAGACGCCACUGAGUGAGAUAGUGUUUGAAGAUGUGGUAUUAGAUCGCCCUCAUACUGGGGGGUCUUCGAGUCAAACAUUUGAACAGAGACAUCAUGGCGCGGGUGGUAAUACGCAAGGCCACACCAACACUUGA